AUGCAAGCCAUGUUGAGUGACAACUCGCGGGACCCCCCGUUCUACCUGCAGCGCAGCACCGUCAUGCAGCACCAGCAGCAAGAUCCGAACACGCAUGCCAAUCUCCCGAGUGGUGCCAUUGCCAAUCUCGCCCCUGGUGCCAACGUCAACGUCAACGUCAAUGCCAAUGCCAAUGCGAAUGCAAGUGCCGCGCCCCGCCGAACCGGCACGUCACGCCGUGCGGCUCCGUCGGAGGACCGACCGUUCGCCUGUCCGGUUCCAGGUUGUGGUGGACGUUUCCACCGCAAGUUCACGCUUCACGAGCACCUCAAGACACACACGGGCGAGCAGCCCCACCAAUGCCCGGUGGCCGAAUGCGGCAAGCGAUUUAGCACGUCUGGGAACCUGGCCCGCCACCGAAAGCUCCAUGCGAUGCGUAAAAUCAGUUGCCCGGCAGCGCACUGCACGCGGGUCUUCACGAGCCGCGAGAAGCUCGUGCCUCAUCUGAAGGUCCACCUCGCACGCACCCCGCACACGUGCGACUUUGCUGGUUGCGGGAAGACCUUCAGCACCGCUGGUAACUUGACCCGACAUCGGCGUACGCAGCACCGUGCUGGCCCUUCAACCCGCCAGGAAGCGCUUCCCAUAUUGUCCGGACCUAUUCCGACGCUCCCUCGUCCCAAAUUUGAAUUCCCCGGCCGAGCCCCUCCCCCGACCGGGUCGCUCCCAAUGCGUGGAUUGCUCUGGCCUCCUCAGGCGCCUGCUGAACAACAUCACCCUCCGCAACAGCGAAUUCUAGAGUCGGACGUGCAGGAUCUGUUUGACUGCUUGUUUGUGGAAAACGCCCAGGCCGCUGCUGCUGCGCAGGCAAACGGAUACCACAACGUCGCCAUUAUCAGGGACAGACUACCGCGACUGGAGCCCCCGCGUGACAGUAGACCCCCUCAGCAACAGUCCCAGCCGCCGUACCUUUCGGCCACGUACGAAUUUUAG